AUGAAGAACGAGCUUCCACCCCUUGAAAGACAAACAGCCCACUCGCCGCCGCCGCCACACAACGGCGGCAUCGCCUGGCUGUCAGUCCUUGCUGGAUUCCUGGCAUUCGUGAUUGCCUGGGGACCCGCCAGUGGAUGUGGCAGCUUUCAGGACUACUAUGAGACACAAUUAUUGACGCAAAGCUCACCCUCGAAGAUCUCUUGGAUUGGCACGACGAAUGUAUUUCUGCUUAUUGGAACCGGCGUCUGUUCUGGGCCUCUCUUUGACCGUGGCUAUGGAAGGUUUAUGGUUUGCGGCGGCUGCGUUACCGUCAUAUUUGGAAUGAUGAUGCUCUCCCUGUCGCAGAAGUAUUACCAGGUCAUGCUCAGUCAUGGAAUUUGCGUCGGCCUCGGCGCAGGAAUCACAUAUAUCCCCAUGCUGGCAUUAGUUAAUUGCAACUUCGUCGGUGCAAAGCGGGCGAUUGCGAACGGCGUGGUCGCCUCUGGAGGAAGUGCCGGCGGUGUCAUCUUCCCCAUCGUGUUCCUCCGACUACUCCCUCGUCUCGGAUUCCCCUGGACCGUGCGUAUCCUCGGCUUCCUCCAACUCGGCUGCUUCUUCACCAUCCUCCCCAUCAUCUUCCUCGUCCCGUUCCCAGAAUCCACCAAAACCCGCAGCCUCAUCCACUGGGACGCCCUCCGCCAACCCGCCUUCUCCUGCUUCGCACUCUUCACCUUCCUCGUGCACAUCGCCUACUUCGUCCCCAUGGUCUUCGUCCCCGUCUACGCCAUCCAGCAGCUCAACCUGUCCCGCGAAACAGGCAUGUACCUCCUCGCAGGGCUGAACGGCGGCUCCGGCCUCGGCCGCAUCGGGAGCUCGCUGGUCGUGCACAAAGUCGGACCCACCAACAUGCUCCUCCUCGCGGCGUCGGUGUGCGGCAUCACACAGCUAGCGUGGAUAUCCGUCGCGAAUCUAGCCGGGCUGGCGGUCUUCAGCGUCAUGUUCGGGAUCUUCUCGGGGAUCAUCAUCGCCACGCUUCCGCUUGUGGUGGUCCAUCCGUUGAUAUCCCCGCGUUGUGGCGUGAUCGGGACAAGAAUGGGCAUGGUGUGGUUUGUAGGCGGCGUGGGGAUUCUGAUCGGGUCGCCGAUUGGGGGAAGUUUGACGUCGGAGACGGCGGUGAAUCACUUCCUGGGGUUGCAGGUUUUCUCGGGCGUCGUUAUGUUGGCGAGUUUGGUCUUUUUGUCGGUUACGGUGGCGAUUUUUCAGAGGCAUAGGGAGUCGGUAGGGUAGAGGUUUAGCUUCGGGGGUGGGCUUUCUGUAAGGAUUUGUGCAUUCUUGUUUAUAAAGAUUUUGGUUUAGAUUUUGGUACUUC